AUGCGUGGGUUUUCGCUGUACGGUAUCCUAGCCGUUGUUGGUCUCUCAAUGGCGGCAUCCCCGACUGUCUACCUGAUUCGCCAUGGAGAGAAACCCGAUGAUGGCGGGACGGGGCUGAAUACACAAGGGCUUGCGCGGGCGCAGUGUCUUCGGUCCGUGUUCGGCAAGGGGUCUGAGUAUAACAUCGGACAUGUCAUGGCGCAAACGCCGAAGAGCAAUGGGAAACGAGCUCGUCCCCGCGAUACCGUUCAGCCCCUGGCGACAGACCUCGGUCUCAGUGUUGAUAUUUCGUGCGAUCGGGAUGAUCCGGAUUGUGUCAAGGAGGCGGUUCAGGGAUACGACGGUGAAGGGAAUAUACUCAUCUGCUGGCAACACGGUGCACUCACAGAUAUUGUGGAGACACUGGGUGAUGAGGAUGCGCCUUCGUACCCGGAUGAUGACUACGAUAUUAUCUGGACCUUGCCCUCACCGUACUCUAAUAUCACCGCACAGACGAGCGAGAAUUGUCCCGGCUUGGAUAUUUAA